AUGACUUCAACAAAACAAAACCUAGAUUCUAAAGAAGCAUCUCUUUUUCGUCAAAUUCUUAAACUUUAUGAACUAAAACAGUAUAAAAAGGCCCUGAAAAAUGCUAAUCAGAUUCUAAAAAAGUAUCCAGAUCAUGGAGAAACAUUAGCUAUGAAAGGGUUAAUUUUAAGUUUAUUAAAUAAAAAAUCAGAAGGAUAUGAACUUGUUCGUAAAGGACUUAGAAACAAUCUUACAUCCCAUGUUUGCUGGCAUGUUUUUGGUCUUUUACAUCGUCUAGAUAAAAAUUACAAUGAAGCUAUAAAAUGCUAUCUUAAUGCUUUAAAACAUGAUAAAGAAAAUUUACAAAUAUUACGAGACUUAGCUUUGCUUCAAACUCAUAAACGUCUUUUUACACAACUAGUGAAUACAAGAAAUACAUUACUUCAAUUAAAUCCUAAGCUCCGACAAAAUUGGACAUCCUAUGCAUUAGCAAAUGAUUUAAAAGGUGAUAUUUUAGCAGCAGAAAAAAUAUUAACAACAUAUGAAGAUACUUCGAAAGACAUUUUCUUAAAAAAUUACGAAAAUUCAGAAAUCAUUUUAUAUAAAUGUAGUAUAAUUGUAAAAUCUGGAAAUUAUAACCAAGCAUUGGAUUAUAUUAAUUCUAUGGAAUCACUAAUAGUUGAUAAAGUAUCUAUUAUGGAAAUUAAAGCUAAAUGCUUUUUAAAAUUACAACGAGAAGAAGCAAUUACAGAAUAUAUUAAACUGUUAGACCGCAAUUCUGAAAAUUAUCAAUAUUAUAUUAAUUUAGCUAAAGCAAAAGGAUUAAGAAAUAAAAAUGAAAUUAUAGACAUUAAUGGAUUGAAACAAAUGCAUUAUGAUCUUCAAAAAAAGUAUCCUAAGUCAUAUAUGGCUAGGCGUGUGCCUCUCAAUUUUUUAACCAAUAACGAAUUUAAAAAUGCAGUAAAUAAAUAUUUAAAAAAACUUUUUAAAAAAGGUGUUCCUUCAGCAUUUAUAUCUAUUAAAGGCUUGUAUUUAGAUCAAAAAAAAAGAAAUAUAAUUCAAGAUUUAGUAGAACAAUACUUAAAUGAUUUAUAUUCAAAAAAAGAUAUUCCAUCUUUAGAUGAAGGUAAAAAUAAGGAUCCAACAGUGUUACUAUGGGUAUUAUAUUUUCUUGCUCAACAUUAUGAUUAUUUGCGUAAAACAGAAAAAGCGUUAAUGUAUAUUAACAAAGCUAUUGAACAUACACCCACACUUACAGAAUUAUAUAUGAGUAAAGCUCGUAUUUAUAAACAUGCAGGAAAUAAUCAACUAGCUAUGUCUUUUCUUAAUGAUGCGCGAAAAUUGGAUUUACAAGAUAGAUAUAUAAAUACAAAAUGUGCGAAAUAUAUGUUACGUAAUGAUUGUAACAAAGAAGCAGUAAAUAUUCUUAGUCUUUUUACAAAAACAGACAUAGUUGGGGGACCAAUAGAAGAUCUAAUUGAUAUGCAAUGUAUUUGGUUUAUUUUAGAAGAUGGAAAAUCAUUUUUACGUCAGAAAAAAUACAAUAUUGCAUUAAAGCGCUUUGAAACAAUUUUAAAAAUUUUUAAUAUUUGGAGUGACGAUCAAUUUGACUUUCAUUCUUAUUCUCCAAAAAAAGGCACUAUUAGAGCUUACAUCGAAUGUUUAAAGUGGGAAGAUCAGUUAUUUUCUCACCCAUAUUAUCAAGAAACUGCACAAUUAGCAAUUAAAAUAUAUAUUUUACUUCAUGAUCAACCAGAUUUGAAGAACAAUUUCGAUGAUAUUAAUUCAAUUGUUUUUAAAAAUGGAGAAUUAAAAUCAAUAAAAAAUAUUAAAUCUGAAAAUUGUAAUUUAAAUACUAAAAAAGAUAAAAAAAAGAAUGAAAACGAGGAAGAAUCAAAUAUUGAUGAUGAUCCAAAUGGAAACAAAUUACUUCAGACCGAAAAUCCUCUUCAAGAAGCUAUAAGGUUUCUUUCUCCAUUACAAUCGCUUAAUUUAAGUAAUAUACAUAUAUAUAUUAUGGAGUUUGAGAUUUAUUUUCGUCAAGGAAAAUAUUUACAAGCUUUAGAAUGUAUUUUAAAUGCACAAAAAAUAGAUUUGUAUCAUCCAGAGUUGCAUUUACAAAUUAUAUAUUUUAAGAAAAAUAUUAAAAAUAAUCCGAAAUACCAAGAGAUUAAAGAAAUAGUUGAAGAAAAAAAUGAAAUAUUUAAAUCUGAUAUUACAGAAUAUAACUUAAAUGAAAAAUUUUAUAAACAUACAAAAGAACUUAGUCCAUAUCAUGUAUUAUCAUAUAUUAAAGGCCUUAUACUUAUUGGUGAGCUUUCUCAUUUAAAGGCAGCUAUAAUACAACUUUUGUCUUUUAAUAAUAUUGCUGUAUUUAAAGAAACACUUGAUGUUAUUACCGAAGAUGAACUUAAAAACAUGUUUAAGAAGCAAGUUUUGAUAAAAUUCCCAUUAGCUACGGGGUUUAAUUAA